CCGCUCUCCAACACCAAUAGAAUUCCCCUUACCACUCCCCGUCCCCCAUCUUCUCUCCCGCCCUCCCUGCACGGGAGCGGCCAGGGCCCGGGAGGAGGGGGAUCGAUCCGCCAUGGCCGACCCCAAGCCGGCUCUGGGACUCCUCAAGCAGCACUCCUGGUCGCCGGACACCGACCGCGACGAGGCGUGGCUCCGGCGGAAGGGCCUCCACCGCGGCCGUCGAGGCCGGCCGGAGCGGAGCGUCACCGAUGAUGACCUCGACGAGCUCCGCGGAUGCAUCGAUCUCGGCUUCCGCUUCGAGAUCUUCGACACCCCCGCCACCGGGGACCGCGCCGCAAAAGCCCUCAGCCGGAGGCUCUCCGAGACCUUCCCCGCCCUCGAUCUCUACUACGCCGUCCACCGGAGCUACGGAGACUCCGUCCCCCGAUCCACACCGUCCGAUUCCUGCUCCUCUGCCUCCGCCGAUGAUGGAUCGCCGAUGGAUAGUCCCCUCUCUAUAUUCUCUCCAGGGGAGAGCCCGGAGGUGGUGAAGGCGAGAUUGAAGCAGUGGGCCCAGGUCGUUGCUUGCUCUGUCCGUCAGCGUUACUGAAGUCGGCAGUCGUCAAAAAGAAAGAAAACAUGCAAUGAAACCUUUUUUUUGUUUUUUUUUUUGGCCUUCCAUAUAAAUAUUUGCAUAUGUAAAAUAUUCCUGAACGAUCUACUGACUUCGGUUACCAUUUCUCUUGCUUCUUAUUUUUCUGCCCCUUAUUCUUCUCUUCUGUUGAUCACAUGAUGCGUGUGUGAUAAUGCAUGGCAAAUUUUCCAAUCUUGAGCACUGUUGACAGCAAUAUUUCACUAGUUUGGAUCCUCUCCACCUCGUACCUGAACAAGAAAAGGCUGGUUCUACGCCAUUUCUCCAGUUCAAAACGGAUAAGAUCAACUCAUAAUUCGCUGCCAUGAUCACCUCGGUACAAAGGAGGGUACGUUUUAGCUUGGGCUAAGCAAUGAUCAGUUAGUUUUAAGUGUAGCUCGUUGUGACUUAAUGUGGACUCUAAAUUGACACUCAUGCCUCUACCUUGGUUU